AUGUCCGACAAUAAUAGUUUUAGCGGAAGCUCGUCUGAUAUCGACAAUGAAAUAAUGGAACAACCGUCGGCGACGUCAUCUACCUUGACCAACGACUUACAGCUGGAUUCAGAUCAGUGGUUGUUCGAUUUAGCGCCUCUACUGUACCCGGAUGACGAACAGGCUGAAGUUGAAAUCUUGCAGGCGUGUGAUGGCGUGGGCCAUUGUCCAUCGACAGACAUUGUAUUUAAUAUGGAGGACGACGAUGAAGAUGGCGCAUACACGGUGGACGACCAGAGGCCACGAAUUGUAUGCGCCAUCAGCAACCUCCGUGACCAACAAGAAACGAUGACGUCAUUGACUAAGUCUGAUUUCAAUGUGUUGGACGAGAUCACGGAAGAGUUACUGGUGACGGCCGUAAAAAAAUCCUUAAACGUACCACUUGUAUCUUUGUGUCCAAAUGAACAGUCGUCAAGUGACGAUGAUAGCAUUUCAUCGCCUGUACCAUGGAUUAUGGUACCGAGGGUCUUGGACAGGUUGAUGGAAUUUGACGAAGUGUCGUCAGAAAUAAAAAACGCCAAUACAAAGUACGGAAUGCACCUGCCGCCUUUACCGUCGUGUCUAGUGAGUGCGCCGGAGCUGGAAAGGACACUACAGUCGAGCGAGUCUCCAGCGUUCGACAUAUCGAAGCCGACAAUUAUAUCUGUGGCGAGCAACACCAAGCUUCCGGAUUCAGAUGUCGAGACACUAGGUCCUGCAGAGAUCUCAUCCACAUCAAAUGAAAUGUCUAAACAGGUCGCCGGCGAUAUCUUCAUACCGGAACACCUUGAUUCCGAGGAUUCACGGGAGGGCAGGACACGUGAUUGUGUGACGGAUAUCGCUGUGAUUCCGGCUGGUGAUGCUCCGGAUUUGCCGCCUUCCACGUCCGGCGAGACGCAGUUACCGGAUUUGAACACCGUGAAAAACGUGGAUAUAACUGCCGUUGAACGCGGACGUCAGGUUCCACGCCGUUCGUUUUGGAGGCGCACCAAAAAAUUCGUAAGACGAUUGUUUUGUUGUGGUUCUACCGGAAUCAUAGACCAGUAA